AUGUCUCAAGCAGCCCGAGAACGCUUCGCCAAGAAGAGCGAGGCGGAUGACUUGCGGAGGGCAUUUGAUAAACUUGAUUCCAAAGGUGAUGGGAAGAUAGAUGCAGACGAGAUUGCUGCAAUGUUCAACAAGCUCGGACACAAGGCAAAACGGGCGGAAAUCGACGAUAUGAUUUGGGAGGUGGACGAGGACUGUGAUAAGGCGGUAAAGUGGCCAGAGUUCCAGCAGAUGUAUCAUAGAUGCCGGCACGAUAAGACAGGAUACGAGCCUCGACGACUAUACAACAUCGUGGAAUUCAUGAUGAACGACAAGGACGACAGCGGAACAGUAUCGGCUGAGGAGGCGAUGCAGAUUUUGUACAUGAGGUUCGGGAGGACGCUUCUCGACUCGCAACUCGAGGAGAUAUUUGGACACUCGGACACGAAUGCGCUCAAGGAUCUGACGCUUACGGAGUUUCUGCACAGCCUCAACAUGUCGCAGAUAAAGCAGCUAAGGUCGAAAGUGACCGCCAAAACGUACAAGCCGCCUCCAGUGCACACGAAGAAGGUCGACACCUCUAAACGGCAGGGCCUUACUUUGAUGAUGUCAUAA